CUUAGGACUGAGAUGUAUCUGAAAGCAGCGUUUUCGUAUAAUAUUUUACUGGUUGCAUUAGCAUGCAACAGCACCUUACUUCCGGAGCUGGAAAGGCGGGCGAGAAAUUAUAUAGCAGAUGGAAGUGUUGAUCCUUAUGUGAAUGAUUUUUUUCUUGUUGACCAAUGGUAUGACGUUACAAAAUACGACCAACAGUAUUUGAUGCCGGACUCUACAAAUAUGCCUGAUGAUUUUACUUGUGGAGGAUAUGAACCUAUUUAUAUAAAAGGCACACAUCCAGACGUUAAGAAACUUACCAGUACACCUGUGGCUGUUAAAGCGUGUUUACGCAGCACAUUUGACAACUGUGAUAUUAAGUACAAUAUAAAAUUGAGAAAAUGCCACCAGAGAGUACAAUAUUAUCUUGAAUCAACGAAACAACAUGCAUCAUACUGUUUUGACCCACCUUCAAUACAGAACAGCAAUGCAAGUAAGUUGACAUUUUAGUGAAAUGUAUAUUUUAGAAAAAUACGUUUAAGCUAUAUCCUUUUGGUAUCGUACUCGCAAAGAGGUAUUAUAUUCGGUCUAUUACGAUAAGGAUUUUUUUUUACAUUUUAGUUAUUAUUGAACGGAAUUGUUGAGGUACAGAAAGUCUAACGUCUACAUGUUUUUGACUUUCUCAAGUACUUUUAUACAUAAUGCGGGAAAAUGAUUUUGUCGAGGCAUUCGUUGAUCAAAAGACAAUCGAAAUAUUGAACAGUGAAGAAUUGCGAACUAGGUUCCCAGACUAUGGAACUCUAUGUCCAUCAGGAUUAAGGAUGUCGACACACAGGCUACUAUUAAAGUCUGUUAAAACACAUUUCUUUCAACAACACUUUGCUAUGUAACAUGUUCAAAUUAAAGAGUAAAUCAAUAUUUAUGCGCCUUUUAAUAUUUUAUGUAUAUCCAUUUGUCUUGUUUAGAUUUGUAUUUUAUUAUUCAUGUUAAACAGACACACUUCUGCUGUAUAAUCCUCUAUUUUGCAAAUUAAAAGCAAAAAAGUGUAGUCAAUAAUCUAGACUGCUAGAUGCUGAUUGCUGCCAUUAAAAAAAAGAAGAAAUUUUAGAAUGUUGAUGAAAACAUGCACACUUUCAUCACAGAAAAUCGCGAAAUGAAUCGGUAGGUAAUGUAACUUUGAAUGGUUCAUGUUCAAAGUCAUUACUUACUUCCUGAAAAAGAAUUAACACACUAAAACAUUGUAUAUCGUGGUUAUGAUAGUUUCAGUUUGGAUAUAACUGACAAAGAAUAUUUUAAAAUUGUGUAUUGGCACUUAACUCUCUUGUUGUUCUUUGGAGAAGAUCGCUAUAUUUCGUGUAUUUCAUUGUUACAUGUGUCUAGUUUUACACUUUUAUUUCCAAUUUAUGUCAUAUUGCGUGCAUUGCAAGAAAAGAUAUUGUUCUAACACGUUUUACACGGGAAAUUCUCGGUGAAAAAUCGUUGAUAGUUUGAAAUUUCUCCGUACUAAUUCUUUUACUUUUCUUGUCCAAGACAGAAAAUAUAUUGCUCAAGUCCAAACUAGAUGUAUGUGUAAUAUUUCAUAUGUUCUUUACAGUACAUAAAGUUUUCUUCUAAAGAAUUUUCAGACCCACCGACAAACGUCCAACUUGGUAGUGUUAUUGUGAAGCCGAUACUAGAUUUUGAUAAAGAAGACAAACAGAUCCAUGAUAAUGGCAAAUUAUUUGAUACUACAAAUUACACCCCUUUCGUGAAGUUUGAAUGUACUUUUCACAGUCAAGGGAACUAUUUCUAUUCCGUUCAUUGAUAUAAAAUAUUACAUUUCUUUUCUAACACAGUAUAUACUGUCAUCAUUGGUAGCUUAAUACAUUUUUAUGCUACCAACACAGCACUCUUGAGAAAUCGAAAUCUACAUGAAAUAUAUCUAACAUAAACAGUGGAUCCAUUUGUAACACGUUCAUGUUGAAAAAUAACAUAAAACAAAACUUCCGACAAAUAUAUAUACCAUAAUGUCGCAUUUCAAUGCAGAUUAAAGCAGUCGUAUGAAUAUUGCUAAAAUUUAUUUCAGAAAAGGGAAAGUUGUUUUAAAGCAUGCUGUUAUUUUGUUUUUGAUAUUUUUUGUUUUGUUUUAAAUUUCAUUUACUAAUUUUACAUUAAUUAUUUACACAAAGGUACAAAAAUAGUCGUCUUUACAAAGUGCUUGGGCCUUCACAGGACACUGAGACAUUAGUAAUCUCGGAAAAAACAAUGCAUAGAAAUGAUAAAAUACCCCUUGGAUUCACGCUUAAAUGCGGAGUCCGCGUGUCACAAGACAAAACUGGCCGUGCAACAAAAAUGGUUUCAAGUCCAGAUUAUUUUGCUGGGAUAAAGGUUUUAAAUCCAAGGGUUGACCUCCCAAAGGAUAACACGUCAAGGGUUAAUUUUCAAGUGACUGUUCCUGUAGGUUGUCGUUACAAUAGCCAUCCACAAAACCCGGCUUGUGACAUGGGGCUCAAUAUGUUCGACCCAAACGGGUAUACAUGUGGAAGAGCAAAUGUAGUUCAAGUGAAGGACAGCAGAAGAUGUGGUCUUGAUAUUACAGGGAUUAAGGAAGGUGAGGUGUGGGAUUACAAAAAAGUGUACACAUUCGAUGUAAGCACGGUAGACAUUAACUACAGCGACGAAAGUGAGUUCACCUUACAGCUGAAGGCGUCAUCUGACUUUGGACACAAGUGGUGGAAUGAAUAUCAACCUGAUAACAUCAAGGUCGCCGUCACAAAUAACAAAGUGUACGAGAAGAAACUGUGCUACGCGCAUGUGGACCCUCACAUGCAAACUGCAGAUGGAUACAACUAUGAAUGCCAAGAUAAGGGUGAAUAUUUGAUGUACAGAAAUACAAAAUACAAUAUAGAGAUCUUAAUGAAGACCGAUACAUGUAACCAUGGGUAUGCGCAGUGUAUAUGUAGUUUAAUAAUUCGGGCUGGUGCUGACGUGUUCUCCAUAAAUAGCUGCCACUCACCACGGUUUUUAGAUUUUCUGUCAUGUGAUGAUGGGGGCAUUUUGAAAGUUCAAAGAAAGAAUGACAGACAUUAUCAGGUUCUCUACUACAUUUACGUUGUGUUCUAUAUUUCUAAUUUCUAUAAGUCGGUAUACAGGUUAGAAACUUAAACCAGUUGUAUGUAUUCAUAAUGACUUAAUGAGCAAGUUACAAUCCUUUUAUAAGGAUUUGAAUUCUUUUUAUUAACUGUAUGGGUAAAAAAGUUAUCAUAUCUCCCAACAAACAAGGUUUUGGACUCCGUGGGAGGUUGAGCUACAUCGGAAUCACGUUGUGUCAAUCUUUCGUCCUGAAUGAUAUACCUUUAUUAUCUCUGCAACCGAUACAGUUAUUACCUUGAAACUUAAGACAGGCCUCAGGAGACAAACUUCUCUUACAAGGUUCCAUAACUCUUAACAUUUCUUUUUUGCAAAAAUGCUUCCAUUUUUACACUCCAAAAUUAUCCCGUCCGUCCGUCCAAAUGUUUUUUCCUUGAAUAUAUCUGGAACCGGUAACGAUGUUUUGAAAAGUACAGUGUCACGCAAUGUUUCCAUACCCUGAAUUUCAUGCACUUCAAAACAUUUCCCAUCCCGAAAUGUUUCCUUCAAUAACAAAAGAAACAGUACAGAUGAUUUGUAACCUUGAAACAGGCUUGAGGGAUCAUGAAACAUAGACACGUAUAAAGUUUCGUAACUCUUUUUUUUAUAAAAUUAUCUUCCAUUUUGCACUUAAAAUGCUCCGUCUCAUUUGGUAUAAAUAAGAUAUUAAUUUGAAACUUAAAAGAGGCUUUAAGGAUUGUAAGACCACUUCACAUACCAGAUCUCAUAAUUCUUACUUUUCUUUUCACAAAAUUAUUUCCGUUGUCGUUAUUAACAUAUUGUUUUUAUUCAGUAUCUCUCGAACCGAUAUAUAUAUUAUUUUGAAACAUGCUUAAGGACGCUCGCUACAGUUUCGUAAUUUUUUUCUCUAUAAUAGAUUUUGAUGAAAUGUUUUGUAUUAAAAGAUCAUGUUAUGAUGUAUUAAAAAAUGAAAUAAAAAUACUAGGUCACCAGCUUUGUUUCAAUUUAAUUUGCCCUUAGAUAUGGUGCUAUUUUAAA